AUGGAACUCUAUACAGUAGUACGCAUACCACUACAAAUUUGGGACAAAUAUCUAAAUUGUUCUAGCCCUCAAAUUGUGAUCCCGACAAACCACCAGUCGUCAGCAACGAUAGUACCUUCUGCUCAGCCAUUACUCUUGAAUCAGAUGCCUACCAUGCUCACUACACCAGGUGUACAGUUCAUAUUGCGGCCUCAAACAGCUACAAAGCUACAGCCUCAAAUGCAGACAGCAACUGCUACUCCUCAGGGACUUAUAUUGCAACCAAGUGGGCAACAGCUUUUGCAAAUACAGCCACCGAGAUCUCAACCUAUGGUUCGUGUUUUGACCAAUGGAAUGCAGCUAGCCCCAUCUACCACAACAUACGUGACUCACGUGGGUAGCCAUCAACAACCAAUAAACGCCACAAAUCUUGCACAACACCAAGCCAUACUGAACCAUACACAACAGCAACAGCAACAGCAGCAGCACCACCAGAAUUUGAUGCAACAGCAACAACACAUUAAAAAGAAACCGAAAAACAAAGUGAAGAAGAAAUUAGAUUUGGCAAACAUUAUGAAACUUUCUGGUAUUGGUGAUGAAGAUGAUAUUCAGUUUGAAAGUGAUACAUCUCAGAGUGAAAGUGAACCAACAUCAGUUCCUACUACUCCUCAGCCACAGCAAAUGGUUCACAGUAGCUCAGUUCAGGCACAGAAUUUCAUACAUUCAGAUGCCAAAAAGAAUAUUCAGAAUAUUCAAAUUUCAGCAGUGGCACCACCUUCAAUCAACACAGCUACUCCUGUUGUUCAG